AUGUCUGAGACCAUCAGGAAAGAAGAUUUAUCUUCCAAUGAGGUUUCAGAGAGUGAUAAACAUUUCAUAGAGCAACGGGACCUGAUUCUUCAAGACAUUGGUCAGACAAUGGAUUCCAUCUUGAAUAAUCUGAAUGGGCUGAACAUUUCUUUGGAAAACUUCAUCGCUGUGGGUAAGGAAUUCGAGAGCGUCUCCGACCUUUGGAGCAAGUUUUAUGCUGGUGUGUCAACAGGAGAUGAUGCGCAGGUGUCAGAAGGAAAUCUAACGGACGACACUUGA